GUCCCCGUUGCUAGGGCCGCCUACCCCUGCAGAGUGGCCAAGGAGAGGCGCCGCCGCCGCUUAGCUAUGCCUGCCAGUGAGUGAACUCCACUCAGUGCCUUCGCGCCCUCCACAGCUGGCCAGCCUUCCUAGGGCAAAGGAGGAGAUUCCUGGCGGGCGAGAGGAAGCGGGCAAGUAGCCAGCCAUGUCGAACUCAAUGUAUAAUAAAGUGUGGCACCAGACCCAAGAAGCCCUCAAUUCUUUGCUUGAUAAAGAAUCUCAGCACGUGAUAGAACCACAAAGAAAUCAAGUUUUCAUCUUCCAGAUGUUGGCUACAUUCUACAUAAAAUAUGUGCAGAUCUUCAGAAACCUGGAGAACAUCUAUGACCAGAUGGUCCAUCCGCAGAAACGAAUACUGAUCCGGAAGAUACUGGAUGGAGUGAUGGGCCGCAUCCUGGAACUGAAGAAUGAAAUGGUUGAAUUGGAAUUAAGCGAGUUCCAUUAUUUUGAUGAUAUCUUACAGGACCUAAAGUUGACUCCCCAACAAUUAGAUAUUCCCAUACCCAAGUACUUUUUGAAGGAGAAGUUAGAAGUGAUAAGAGGAAGAGAGAAGAUCCUGGCGCAGAUAUUAGCAGAGAGUGGAUUAGAUGUGCCCGACAUGAAAACCACUGUGAAGGCAAUACCCUUGGAAGAGGCUGUUAAAUUAAUCCAGAUUACUGAGAGGGCACGUCAAGGUCGCCUACGAGCUCUAUUCAUGAAGCAAAUCUAUCUUCAAGAGUACAGAGCGAAGCAAGCCAGGAUCCUUGGCGAACAAGUAGCAGAUGCUGGGGCUGCUGCACUCCGUAUUCAAAAGGUUUGGCGAGGUUUCCAUCAGUACAAGAAGACGGAUAGAGAGAGAGAGGAGGAGAUGGUGUUCCUGGGAAUGAACCCCCCUCCUGGCUUUGAUGAUGUGAGCCCUGCAAUAAAGCAGGCUGAAAGGGUGGACCGUCUACGGAGUGAGGUGCAGAUGAAGCAUGAGGAGCGCUACCGGGAAGCCCUGGUUAUGAUCAAGGACGACCUGAGGCUGAUCGAAGGCCCAGACAUCAAGGAGAACCUUCAGGACCAGAUCCGGCACUGGUUCAUAGAGUGCAGGAACUUGACUGGCACGUUUCCUAACUACCCCAAGGCAGAAGACGGAGGGUCGGCUGUUAUUUUUUCCAACAAGACCCCAGAACAGGUUAUUGAUGAUAUCCUCACAAACCAAGAUGAUGAAGAAAAGAACAAAAAGAAAAAGAAGAAAACCAAAAAAGAGAAGGAAAAGAAAGGAGCAAAGGAAAAACCUAAGGAAGAAGAUGAAGAGUGGAAAAUGUCACCAAGUGUUUUCCUUCAGUCACUCCAGGAAGGAAACAGCUUAUACAAAGACAUGUGGAUGAAUAAAGAUGAAUCUUGGAAUUUCCUUCAGGAUUAUGAUCCGGAACUGAUCAGACAGGAGAUGCGGAAAGAAUUAGAUUCAGAGAUAAGAGUGCAGGUUGAUGAGUUAAUGAGACAGGAACUAAAAAACUUAAAACUAGCUGUGAACAAAGAAAAGGAACUUCCGGUCAAAGAAGGCAGGAAGAGAGGGAAGAAGAAAGGGAAGAAAGCCAAGAAAGGGAAAAGGGGGAAGAAGGAUAAGGACCUGACGGUUGACAGGACCAUCGAAUCUCUGUACAAGGAGCUGGUGGAGGAAGGGCUGCUGAUCCAGCCCCUGAAGGUCAACAUGUCCGAUUACAUUGGUGAAUACAGCUACCUGGGGACCACGCUGCGCCACCUGUCCAUAGAACCCAUGCCCUCGCUCCUGGACAUGCGGCAGCUCAUCACCCUGUACGGGAUCCUGCCACUAGGCUCUGCAGCAGUGCACGAGAAAGCUCCCUUGGUGAAAUCACUGCUGCUGGCCGGGCCAUCCGGCGUGGGGAAGAAAAUGCUGGUCCAUGCCAUCUGCACCGAAACAGGAGCCAACCUCUUCAACCUGUCCGCUGCCAACCUCGCCGGGAAGUACCCUGGCAAGAGUGGGCUCCAGAUGAUGCUGCAUGUUGUCUUCAAGGUGGCUCGACAGCUUCAGCCCUCCGUGGUGUGGAUUGGAGACACAGAGAAAACCUUCUACAAAAAAGUGCCCAACGCUGAAAAGCUGAAUGAACCGAAACGGCUGAAAAAACAGCUUCCCAAAAUCCUGAAACUCUUGCAGCCAGAUGACAGGAUUCUGAUCAUAGGGACAACGCAGCGUCCUUUUGAUGCCGAACUUCAGUCGUUUUGCAAAGUUUAUGAAAAAAUUAUUUUGGUUCCCAGACCAGACUACGCUUCCAGAUACGUUUUGUGGAAACAGAUCAUUCAGCGCAAAGGAGGGCUCCUUACAAAAGCCCUGAAUAUCAGUUGCCUGGCCAAGGUCACCGAUGGUUUCACCCAAGGACAUAUAGUGGAAGUGGUCAAAGAUGUGCUCACAGAGGGGCGAAUUCGGCAGCAAGCUCGUAAACCACUCACCGCAGGGGAGUUCAUCACAGCCAUAACCAGCAUGAGCCCAGUGUACAAAGAGGAAGAAGAUUGCUUUAAGGUAAACUGGAUGCCCUGAGAACCAAGUCUCAGCAGCAAACACUUGUCAUAUGCCUCCCGCGGGUUCCCUAGGUUUCAUGGAUUUGAACACUGUCACAUAUAGUGAAAUUUAGGAACU